UAUCGUAUGGUUUACUCAACAUUUUGAAAAGGUAUUAUUACUAAAAGCGUACAAGAAAAAUUAGAAUCCUUCUUUUGAUUUCAUGUAUCAAAAAUAUCAAGCGUAAAAAACAGGAGACAACUUUUUCUACAAUAAUAUUACAUUAUGAUUUUUCAUCCGCAAACUGAUGGGCACGUGGUGGCGCCUUCAUAUCAUAUCUCAUGAUGCAUAUACUCAACUCUCAUCGACGGUGGGAGACCAAGACGACGGAUCAGAAGGUGUAGAAAAGAAGAGAAUUCCUCUGUUAAGGGAUAAAAAAGAGGCGGAGAAGGAAGUCGGAGAAACAAAGAGAAAAAUAUGGAUGGAGACGAAGAAGCUAUGGCGUAUCGUUGGACCAGCAAUAUUCACCAGAGUCUCGACCUACUCGAUCCUCGUCAUCACUCAGGCGUUCGCUGGCCACCUCGGCGAGCUCGAACUCGCCGCCAUCUCCAUCGUCAACAACGUCAUCAUCGGCUUCGACUUCGGUCUCCUCCUUGGAAUGGCGAGUGCGUUGGAAACGCUGUGCGGUCAAGCGUUUGGAGCCAAGCAGUACGACAUGUUGGGAGUAUAUCUGCAACGAUCUUGGAUUGUUCUAUUCGUAUGCUCCAUCUUGCUCCUCCCUAUGUAUAUCUUUGCGUCCCCUAUUCUUAAGUUCUUCGGCCAGCCUGACGACAUCGCAGAGCUUUCCGGUAUCAUCGCCGUUUGAGUCAUCCCUAUCCAUUUUGCAUUUGCCUUCUUUUUCCCUCUCAAUCGAUUCCUCCAAUGCCAGCUCAAGAAUAUGGUAUUUAACUUAAGAUUUGGAAGGUGAUUGCAAUUUCUUCUGGAGUGGCACUUGUAGUUCACAUAAUUGCGUGCUUCCUUUUUGUGUACGGUCUUAAACUUGGGGUCGUAGGGACCAUGGCUACUAUUAACGUGUCAUGGUGGUUCAAUGUCAUCAUCUUAUAUACUUACGCCACUUGCGGCGGUUGUUCGCUCACUUGGACCGGUUUCUCCAUCGAAGCUUUCACCGGACUGUGGGAAUUUGCAAAGCUCUCUGCCUCCUCAGGAAUCAUGCUUUGGUGCUGUAUUUAGUUAAAAGCCACUUGUUUUGCAUUUUCUUCUUCCUUUUUUAGGUUUACGGAUAACACAACUUCUUACGGUAGAUGUUUAUCGAAACAGCUUGGAGAGUUGGUAUUAUAAGAUUUUAAUUGUGAUGACCGGGAAUCUGAAGGAUACAAAAAUUGCUGUCGACUCAUUGUCUAUAUGCAUGUCGAUAAAUGGUCUGGAAAUAAUGAUUCCAAUUGCUUUCCUCGCUCGGACUGGGUAUAAUCUUAGAGCAUCUCCAGCGGUGGGUGUAAGAGUGGCGAAUGAAUUAGGAGCAGGCGACGGAAAAAAAGCGAGAUUUGCGAUGAUUAUAUCAGUGACAGAAUCGUUAAUCAUUGGAAUAAUCUUCUCGGUGCUUAUAGUAUUUCUUCAUGACCAAAUCGGUUGGAUUUUUUCUUCAAGUGAAAUCGUCAUAAAAGCAGUCAACGAUCUUUCUAUUCUUCUAGCUUUU